CUGUUCUUCAUCCUGUUCGACCAAGCAUAUAUAAUCUUGCCUUCUUAAUAAUCUUAAGCAAUGGCGAAUAAGACCUGGUUUCUUUCUCCCGAUUUUACCUUCCUUCCCGAAGGGCAAAUUGCCCUCGGUAGGAUCAUCCCCAGUCCUCGACAACCAACUACUGCCCUUACCUCUCUCGCUGACCACCCAACUAUCACCCUACCAGAAACACAAUCUAUCAUUCAGAAGAAUUGCAGUUUUUCGACCGAGAAAAGUCGAUCUUUCGGGUUCAAAUUAUUUGCCAAAUUUCUUGAAAUUGCCAAUGCCAAAGUAGACGUGUCGCUAUAUAAAAGCCAGUCUUUCAGCACCGUUGAUCAUGAGGUUCGCGCUUACAGUGGAACCUUUACCACUGAGACCCUGAAAGCAAUCGUGGCCCUCGACAGCGUGAAAAAGCAUAUUGAUAGCGGUCGUUUUGGCAAGCGACGUGUUUACAUAAUCUCGGGAAUACGUGUGGCACAACAAAGCUUCACAGUUACAGACCAGAAGAAGAAGCAGGUAGCAGCUUCUCUUGGAAUAUCAGGGUCUAUGCCUGUCGCAGCUGCACCCGAUGUGGUAGGGAUCAAGAUUUCCAACGACCUAAAUCAUGAGGCAACGAAUAGCUAUGAAACAGCACCCGGAAUUGUCUUUGCGUAUCAGCUGCAUGUGAUUCGGUCUAAGGAUAUAGGUGAAGAAGGGGAGCUAUUUUCGGAUAGAACAGCCUUCUUCAGCGGCGAAGCUGAGGAUGAAAUUGAAGAGAUUGAAAUCGCCAAAGUAGAUAGGGCGGUACUUCGAGAGGACUUGGACGAACAGCUAGAUGGCUACAGCGAAAAGUGGUUUGAGGGAAUCGAUGAUGAGUCGUAUAUUGUUUCUAAAAAUUCAAGUUGAAUUGCUAUGCUAAAUAGGCAUUAAAAAGAAAGAGAUG